CCCGCCCGCGCCAACCUCCCCUUUCUCCACCACUUUAAUACUAGUCUCUAAUAAUCUGUGUCUGUCUGUGCUUUUGGUUUUCUGUGAAGUUCUGUGUUCUGUGAAUUUUUCAAUAAAUUUAUUAUUUAUCACGCAAAAGUUGAUAUCAGAAGAAUACAAGAUGGAUAAAAAUAAAGAAAAGGAAGAGCAGAGUAUUAUAGAUAAAUCCAUGAGAUCAGUUUUCGUUGGAAAUAUACCCUACGAAGCUACUGAAGAGAAACUGAAAGAUAUAUUUAGUGAAGUGGGUCCUGUACUAUUAUUCAAACUAGUAUUUGACAGAGAAACUGGCAAACCUAAAGGUUAUGGCUUUUGUGAAUAUAAGGAUCAAGAGACAGCUCUCAGUGCUAUGCGGAAUUUAAACGGUUAUGAAAUUGGAGGAAGAUCUCUCAGAGUUGACAAUGCAUGUACAGAAAAAUCAAGAAUGGAGAUGCAAGCAUUGAUGCAAGGACCUCAGAUCGAAAAUCCCUAUGGUGAUCCAGUAGAACCUGAAAAAGCUCCUGAAGCUAUUAGUAAAGCUGUAGCGACAUUGCCUCCAGAACAGAUGUUUGAACUAAUGAAACAAAUGAAACUUUGUAUACAGAAUAAUCCUACAGAAGCAAGAAACAUGCUUUUGCAAAAUCCUCAACUUGCUUAUGCACUCCUGCAAGCACAAGUUAUCAUGAGGAUUGUUGACCCAGCUACAGCAGUUACUAUGCUGCAUCCAUCAAAUCCAGUACCUCCAGUAAUACAGCCAGGGGAAAAGCCUCCACCCAAUCCCUACAGUAUGCCAAGUAAUCCACCACCAGUUCAACAACAACCACCUCCACUGCUAGCAAAUCCAGUGCCUCCACCAAACCAAUUCCCAUCCCGCGCGUCGAUAGGCGACGUGGACCUGCGCGGAUCUCGCGCGCCCGCGCCCAUGCCCGUAGCUCCGCCGCUGCUGGACCAGGACAUGCGCAGCCUUCCCAUGCCACCGCACCCCGUGCCGCCGCCCGCGCUGCAGCCGGACAGUGGUUUCCCGCGCGAUCCUCGCCUGGCCAACACGCCGCAGUUCGGUACUGAUCCGCGAGUGCGCCCCAGCGACCCUCGCAGUCAACAGAAAAUGCCUCCACGUAAGCAUCUCAAUUAAUAAUAUCUAGUACAUAAGCAGGCUCAUGUAAAAUAAAUAAAUACCUAUUUUUAACACACGCACCAAUUAGCUUAGCCCCAAAGUAAGUACUCAAAAAGCGCAAUUACAUUUGCUCGUGAGCCCGUAUUCUGGUGCACGAAAGAUAUUACAUUGUUUUACUCGCGUUCGGUUACUAGAACACGGGAAAACAACCCUGCACCUGCUUUCUAGUUGGAACGUACCUCAGUGAUACCAAAUUAGGGGAAACCAAAACGAAUAUGGGCGUACGUGACUUCGUACAUUUUCGGGUAACCAAAACGAAAACUACCUGAAAACGGGCGUACUCGACUCCGUUCAU